CUAAUGAUGUUAUACUUGUUUCUGAAUGAAAGAAACACCAAGAUAUUGGAUCCCAGAAGCGACGUGAUGAACGUUUGGAAUCAUGUGUUCCUCGUCGUCUGCCUUAUCUCCCUCUCUUUAGAUCCUCUGUAUUUCUACAUCCCCUACGUGGGCGGCAAGGCUUGCAUGUCCACCCACACCAUAGCCUCCAUCGCAAUCACCUACUUCCGCACCAUCACCGACUCCUUCUACCUCAUCAACAUGCUGUUCAAAUUCCGCACCGCCUUCGUCGCCCCCAGAUCUAGGGUUUUCGGCCGGGGCGAGCUGGUGAAGGACGCCCGAGAAAUCGCGACGCGAUAUCUCAAAUCCGAUUUCAUUAUUGAUUUUGCCGCUACUCUCCCCUUACCUCAGAUUGUGGUUUGGAUUGUGAUUCCGGCUACCAAAGGUAACGGUGGCCACGACAACAACAUUAUCGCUCUUGUCGUCCUUAUUCAAUAUCUUCCCAGGUUUCUCGUUAGCAUUACAUUAAAUCAGAGGAUUAUAAAGACAACAGGCUUUAUUGCUAAAACUGCUUGGGCUGGAGCUGCAUAUAAUUUACUCCUCUUCAUGCUAGCCACUCAUGUACUAGGGGCUUCAUGGUACCUGUCUUCCAUUGUGCGCCAGCAGUCUUGCUGGAAUAUGCAGUGUAGAAGUGAGCGUAAUGCGGUUCCUCCAUGCAUUCCUAGUUUUCUGGACUGUAAGAGUCUGAAUACCAAUUCGCUUGAGCGGGAAUAUUGGCUCAACACCACCUCAUUGCUUACUCGUUGUGAUCCUAAAAACGAUGACUCUGAUUUCAAAUUUGGAAUGUUUGCUGAUGCUUUUACCAGUGAAGUCGCUUCAUCUCGAUUUAUCCACAAGUAUCUCUAUUGCCUUUGGUGGGGUUUAAGGAAUUUGAGUUCAUAUGGACAGAAUUUGAGGACUUGCACAUACAUUGGAGAAACACUGUUUUGCAUUCUCGUGUGUAUCAAUGGUUUAAUUCUAUUUUCACAUUUAAUUGGCAACAUGCAGGUUCUUAUGGUGAAAGUGUCCAGAAACAUCAAAAAGAAUUAUUAUGGAGUUUGAACAGUCAAACAUGAGGAAUAUUUGUUGAAAGGGGAGCUUUUGGAAAGGGAGCAGAGUUUUUGGCUCCUUUGAAACACUUUUGGUAAUCUUUUAUGGAUAUCUUUUUGGAUUGA